CUCCUCCAGUCUGAUAGGUGGCGCACUGCCGCCUGCUUUUACGCCACUCAACGGACGCAUGUUUGUAGUAGUGAGAGCACUCAUGGCUGAAGCUAACAGAGUUUAGCUUAUUGGUUAGUUAGUGUGGUCGGUGUUAGAUCCGAGGGCCGGGUGGAGCUCUGAAGGACCAGUAUCGGUGAGGUUACUGGCGGCCCUGGUUCCCAGUUCGGUGUUGGACCAACAUGUUUAGUUGCGGUCGCUUCGCCCUUCAGGUUCUGCUCAGACAGCCCGCUGUCAGGAGCUUCUCCAGGACUCCUGCUCAGCACACGGUUAUAGUGGAGCGAUGGUGGGAGGUCCCUUUGUCCAAAGAGGGCAGUCCGCCGAGGCUUCACCCCCGAAGACACAGAAUCUACAAGCUAGUCGAGGAUACCAAACAUGCUCCCAAGGAGAAGAUGGAGCUCAUUCUGACCCAAACUGUAGAAAAACUCGGUGGGAGAGGCGAUACCGUGUUUGUGAAGAAGUCAAUCGGGCGAAAUAAGCUGCUGGCCCAAGGCCUCGCCGUUUAUCCAUCACCGGAGAAUAAACAGAUGUUUGCUGAGGAGCUGAGACUUAUGCGCGAGGGACAACCAGAUCAGAGAUUACAAACCAGAACAGGACAAUUGACAGUUGAGCUCCUUAAGCGAUCCAAACUAAAAGUCAUCAAAACGCUGUCUGACGACUUCCAGCUCACUAAAGAAGUCGUCUGCAGACAGUUUGAAAAGAAGCUGGGAAUUGUUGUUCCACUUCAUGCGUUGAGUCUGCCGUUUGAGCCAAUAAAGGAACUGGGAGAGUACUGGUGUGAUAUUACAGUUAAUGGGAUGGACACAGUUCGCAUUCCUAUCUCCCUGUUGCCGUACGAAGAUCAGUCCGGGGUCUACCAGAAGCAGCUGCGGGCGCAACGGAAGCUGCUGGCGGCCGAAAGCGACUCACAGGCUGACGCCGAGGACGAGGACGACGCCAUUUUAACGGCCGUUUCUGAAGCGCAGGAAGCGGAAGACGGUAAAGACUCAACAACCGUCCAAACCCAGCAGGGAUCAACAUCACCGCCGACUGGAAACUCUGAUAAAAAGUAAAGGACUCCCAAAUAUUUAAGAAUUAUCAACCUGAUGGUUUUUAUAUCGCUAAACAAAAAUACAGCAUGUAGGAAUAAAUCUUUAUCUCAC